AUAAAAUAUAUUUUAGGCAGCUGUCGUCUGCUUCAGAUACACACUUCCUGUAACUCAAUAUCAAUUAUAGUUUGUUGCGUUCAGAGCUGUAAUCAAACAAGUGAUCGUUAAAUUAAUUUAAGUUUAAUAAAGCGGUUCACAGAACCUGAAAACUUCCAGCAAUACGUUUUUACAAAUGACAACUAGCAAAAUAGAGAAAGCACGCCGUAGUCACAUUCUCGUUCAAAAAUGGCGCUGCCAAGGAGAACAAUCUUUGCAAGCAUUGCUGCAGUAAUAUUAGUAUGGGGAGUUUGGGAUGUUAUCACGAAUUUUGAAGAAAAUGGAUGCGAAAUGACCUGGAUGUUUGAAUACCCGAAAUACAUGAACAUUCCAUUGGAUGAUGAAACUGGGCAAAAGUUUCCACAUUAUAAGCUGUAUGCUUAUGGAGAAGGGGCCUAUGCAAGACAGAUCAGUAACAUGAAAUUCAGUGGGAUUCCUGUACUGUUCAUCCCAGGCAAUGCUGGUAGCUACAAACAAGUCCGAUCUCUUGGGUCGGUGUCCCUGAGAAUGGCAGAAAAGCCUGAAUUCAAAUUUCACUUCAACUAUUUUGCCGUUGAUUUUAAUGAGGAAUUUUCUGCCUUACAUGGAGGUUUACUUGUAAAACAGACAGAGUUUGUGAACAAGUGCAUUCAGACCAUACUAGGGCUGUACAGAUCAUCAACAUCUCAACCAUCAUCUGUAAUAGUAGUAGGACAUUCAAUGGGUGGCGUGCUGGCUCGAGGAUUGUUCACACUGCCAAGCUUUGAUGUUUCUACUGUCCACACCAUCAUUACACAGGCAUCCCCUCACCAGGCACCAGUGUUGGUCACUGACAGGGAGAUAGACACAUUUUAUCAGAAUGUCAAUGACCACUGGAGGGACCAGAGUAAUACCACUUUAGCACAUGUAACAGUUGUGAGCACAGGAGGAGGCUUUCGGGAUUAUCAUGUUCGAAGCGGCCUUACAUCAUUAAAAGAACUUGUAAAAGAAAACAGAGGAAUUAGUACAACAACUAUGUCUGUUCCUAUGGCAUGGGUGUCCACUGAUCAUCUGUGUUCAGUAUGGUGUCGCCAAAUGGUUUUAACGACAGUACACGCCUUGUUUGAUAUUGUUGACAAGAAAACACUGCAGCCAGCAACAGAUGCAGAUCAACGAAUGAAAGUCUUCAGACAUUAUUUUCUGGAUUAUAAUGGAAUAGAGCCUAUUCCAUCAGGAGAAAAAUAUAUCAAAUUAGAUGCCACUCUACUGGGAAGUGCGCAAGGAAAAAACCUGGCAUUUUACUUCAUCAAAGUUACCAGAUCUAAAUAUAUUGCUGUACCAGUGAUGUCCAAUGAGGGAGAAGCAAUCACUGAUUCUAUUACAAUCAUCAGUAAUAUAACAGCUGCUGACUGGGUCUGUGCAUGUCAAUUAUUAGAUGGCCAGGAGAAAUGUUUGGACUGUGUUAGCUUUUCCUCGCAGCUCAGGUGGUUACCCCCACGGUAUUCUAAUAGACAGGUUUUGCGCAUGAGCCUGAAUGACCUUGGUGAAAACACACACAUUGUGAUAUUUCUUCCCAAAAGAGCAAGCACUGUAGAGCUGAUGGUGGACAAGUACUCCAUGGAUGCAAGACACCUUGUGUAUACAUUGCCGGGUGUAUAUGACUCUGUCAUCUCUUUCCCAUUCAGUAUUAUAGAUGGCACUGCCAUGCUUCACAUCCGCAACAACUCAGUGUUUUACAGCCUGCACCUGGCAGGGCUUGGUAGUCCUCUCAGUGCUUACUCUGCUGUUGUCACACCUAAGCACUGCAGCAAGACCAAUCCAGGCAUGUAUGAAGGAAGUGUUAUUAGGCUGAAUGUGCCUUGGAGCCAUGAAGAUGCAUACCAUUUUGCAAAGUAUGGCGAGGUUGGAAUGCUGCCAGUGAAGCUGCAGACACCACGUCAGCUACCUGCAUCUGAACAACAGCAGUAUGAACAUUCAGAGGCCCACCUGGAAAUGUAUCUCCAUCCUGGAUGCCAGUAUCAGCUGAGACUGGUGAUGUCUCCUGGCAGCAGCAUUGGUCAGUUUGUCCGUUUCUAUGUUUAUCUCCUGCCAGUCUGUUUUGUGUGUGUCCUGCUCCUGGCGUUAGGGGGUCAGUUGCCAUCGUUUGCUAAAGGAGAGUGUCUGUGGGUGCCUGAUGCUGUUUUUAAAUUCUCAAGACCCUUUUAUAUUGUGCCAGUGGCCAUGAUUCUUCAUACAGCUGCAAACUUGAAACCAGUAAAGAGAAUUUUACGCAACAUUGGAGUACCACCAGAUGACAUUGAUGAGCUGGUAGAGAAAGAGCUGUGGUUGCAGCUUCUACCAAUGAUGUUGUGUGUGUCAGCCUGGUUCAUCACAAUUUUGCACACCUACAUUGCCCACUAUGGCUUUGCUGCUUUCAGCCGACUGAUAGGACUAGCAUGUUUUUGGGUACCACAGACUUUCCUAAAUUUUGGCAGAGCAUUCCAGUUGGCUUUAAAUCUUGUAUCCAUUUUGGUAGCAUUGUCAGUGUGUGGAACUAUAGGCAUUUGUAUCUCCUACAUCCUUUUAAUUGCAAAGGUGAUGAGAUUGUACUAUGUCUCUGCCAAGUAUGGAAUGAAGACUGAGUGGUCCAAAUACAACAUUUACUUUAUUCUGGCACUGAUAUACAUGUGGUUGAUUAUCAUUAAUGCUCCAGCUUUGGUUGUUUGGGCUACAGGUGUCCAUCUACGAUCAUCAUUUCAGUUGUUAGAUGACCCAAGUCGGAUUAGUGGAUUUCUGUCAACAAUGUUGGCAGCUGUUCUGCUGUUGAAAGACAGUUUUCCCCAAGAAAGCUACAGUGUUGCAGUGGGAAUGAGGUGGACUAUAUAUUUAAUUUCUGUUAUAAUGCUGCCUUUUUGUUUGAUCCAUAUAUACCGCAUCAAUGCAGCUGUGCAUCUGGUGUUAGGGCUUGUGGCAGUUGCUUCACUGCCAGGAAUGGUUAUCCUUCGUGCCAACAAAGAUCGCGCCAAAGAUGAAUAAGUUUUCAGUUUUCCCGAAUCUCACCCUUAUUCUUCAAUCAUGAUGCAAAUGUUUUCUUAAGCAAUCAGAUUUUUUUAUUUAAAAGAGUGAUGUAAGAGAGAAUUAUUCAUAAUCAAGACCAGUACAUGUUUGUGUGAAAAUUGUUAUAAGUGCAAAAAAUCCCUCUCCCUUUCACUUGCAAACCACAAAAAGCCACUGUCAAUAGUAAAGAUUACCAUCACCUCACUUACAUUCCCAUAACUUUUUGCAAUAAAAAUAGGCAUUAGAAUCUGUAAUUUACAGUGAUAUUUUUAUGAUGGCGUAGAACAGUCAUGUAAAUCUUUUCUCAUAUACUGUAUGUUCAUACAUUUGCUUUUAUAGACUUAUAAUCUGUUGAAGUCUUGCUCAGAAUGUACAUCAGGUAUGUAUAAUCUCCACUUCCAUUUUGUAGUAACUAGAUUUUUAUAUUUGAGAACUGUACUGUGUAAAAACUCUUUGUCAGAACUGAUCAGAUUAAAUAACAAACAUCAGA